CAGUCCUAUCUCUGCGGGAGGGGGCAGAUAAAAGCCGCCGCUCCGGGGGUUGCUCCUCAGACCCGCACCUGGACCUGCUCCGCUUCCGCCCCAGCUCCUCCUCGGACCCGGUACUAGCCGCCGUGCCGGCCGCGCGCGCGCGACGCUCGCUGAUGCGCAGCUGCGGUUUCCGGUUCGGAAGGACUCGUGGUUGAUCUGGAGAUGCCGGUUCAGAUCCCGGACGACUCGGACUUCUCCUCGUUCAGGGAUCAGGUUCUGAGCGAGGACGGAUGGAAGAGCCGCUACAACAAGAGCGGCGUGACGGUGUGGUGCCGCGAGGAGGAGAGCUGCGCCGUGCAGAAGCUCAAGAUGAGAAUCGUCUGCAAAGACCUGCCGGCGGAGACGCUGUACGACGUCCUCCAUGAUAUCAACUACCGCAAGAAGUGGGACGCCAACAUGAUCGACACGUACGACAUCGGCAGACUGACGGUCAACGCCGACGUGGGAUAUUACUCCUGGAGGUGUCCUAGUCCUCUGAAGAACCGGGAUUUCGUCACCAUGAGAUCUUGGCUUCCUCUAGGCAACGACUACCUGAUCAUCAACUACUCAGUCAAACACCCGCAACACCCUCCUAAGAAGGACUAUGUCAGAGCGGUUUCUCUGCUGACCGGAUACCUGAUCCAGUCCAAUGGAGCCACAGGCUCCACCCUCUACUACCUGACUCAGGUGGACCCCCGAGGCUCUUUACCAAAGUGGGUGGUGAACAGAGUCUCUCAGUUUGUGGCUCCGAAGGCCAUGAAGAAGAUCUACAAGGCGGCUCUGAAGUAUCCGGAGUGGAAGCGGAAACACAACCCUGCGCUGAAGCCGUGGAUGUUUCCGGAGCAGAACACGCUGCCGUGCAUCAACGCCGCAGAGCUGACCCUGCAGCGCGCCGACUCUCUAGAGAACAUCGACGAGAGCGCCCUGAGCGAGGAGAAGACGCACCACAGCGACGACGAGGACAGUUAGGCGUCCAAGUCUGACUCGCCGUUUGUUCAAUACAGCUCCACAGGAUCCAGAUCAAUGAGGUUCUGCUCCUCACUGCUGAUCCAGAAGGUCUGAGGAGGUUCUGAGGGAUCCAACUUUAAACCCAAUCAGGAGAACUUCCUCAAUGUGAAAAGCAAUAACCGAAAAAAUAGCAGAAAAAGUCUAUAGAUUAAUUUUGAAUUGAUGUCAUAUUUGGAGGAAAAAUGUUCAGAAUUACAAAGAUCCUCUAAAAUAGUUCUGUGGUUUAAAGAUUUUUAACUUUAUGUGUAGCGGGUAAAAUGAUUGAGGUGAUUUGAACAGUAAAUGAGGACCAACGUCUCCAGUGAAACUCAAAAAUCACUUUUAUACUGUGUCUCUCUUUCCUCGGUGUGACAGUUGAUCAAUAAAGUUCCAAAGACUUGAACUGAC